UAUUGUCCUAAGGAUAAAAGAGUAUGCUGUGUAUAUAGCAACCCAAUAUAAUUGAGCUGGAAUCUUUUAUAUUUUAUAUUUUAUGAAAAUAAAGUUUUUCUCUCUGGGCAGUAGUUUAUAUGGUGUGAAUUUAAAAAGUUCUUUUAAAAACUAUAUAAAAUUUUGUGAAAUCUCUAAUAAACAUUUAGCCAUGUUAAGUUUGUAGGUAACUAUGAAGAUUA